AUGUCGGAACCCCAAGACACCACGACGGCCCCUUCGACGACGGCCGCUCCCAUGCCUACCUCAACUUCCCAGGAUUCUCCUUCAGCUCAGCAACCUGCCCAGGUAUCCUCAGCGACCGCUGCUUCUGCGGCCGCGACGGCUGCGGCUGCCUCGGCUGCCGUGGCAAAUCCCCCCAUGAACGGUACCACCACUCGUCCAUCUGAGGAGUUGUCCUGCCUUUGGCAGGGCUGCUCGGAAAAGUGCCCUUCCCCUGAAGCUCUUUAUGAACAUGUGUGCGAGCGUCACGUCGGCCGCAAGAGCACAAACAACCUCAACCUCACCUGCCAAUGGGGCAGCUGCCGCACUACUACUGUCAAGCGCGACCACAUCACUUCUCAUAUUCGCGUGCAUGUACCGCUAAAACCACACAAGUGUGAUUUCUGCGGCAAAGCCUUCAAGCGUCCCCAGGACUUGAAGAAGCACGUCAAGACCCAUGCCGACGAUUCAGUCCUGGUCCGGUCGCCGGAGCCCGGAGCCCGGAAUCCGGACAUGAUGUUCGGUGGAGGUGCCAAGGGCUAUGCGACCGCUGCGCACUAUUUUGAGCCCGCGUUGAACGCGGUCCCGAGCCAGGGCUAUGCGCAUGGCGCUCCCCAGUAUUACCAGUCGCACCCUCCCCCUCAGCCUGCCAACCCGUCCUACGGAAAUGUCUACUACGCCCUGAACCAUGGCCCAGAGGCUGGUCACGCUUCUUAUGAAUCCAAGAAGCGCGGUUACGAUGCCCUGAAUGAGUUCUUUGGCGACCUGAAACGGCGUCAGUUCGACCCGAACUCCUAUGCUGCCGUUGGCCAGCGCCUGCUGGGCUUGCAGAGCCUGUCGCUCCCUGUGUUGAGCAGCGGGCCCUUGCCUGAGUACCAGCCGAUGCCUGCACCGGUGGCCGUUGGUGGUGGCGGAUACAGCCCCGGGGGUGCUCCCUCCGCACCGGCCUACCACCUGCCGCCUAUGAGUAACGUGCGGACCAAGAACGACUUGAUCAACAUUGAUCAGUUCCUGCAGCAGAUGCAGGAUACUAUAUAUGAGAAUGAUGACAAUGUGGCUGCUGCUGGUGUUGCCCAGCCGGGCGCUCAUUACGUUCAUGGUGGCAUGAGCUACCGCACCACCCACUCGCCUCCCACCCAGUUGCCCCCCAGCCAUGCGACAGCAACCAGCUCUGCCUCAAUGAUGCCAAACCCCGCCACCCACUCGCCUUCCACAGGCACUCCCGCCCUUACGCCGCCGUCUAGCGCUCAGUCAUACACCUCCGGUCGCUCGCCCGUUUCCUUGCCGUCGGCGACAAGGGUCUCGCCGCCUCACCAUGAAGGAGGCAGCAUGUACCCUCGUCUGCCGUCAGCUACCAUGGCUGACAGCAUGGCGGCCGGGUACCCGACCGCGUCGAGUACCGCACCGCCGUCCACCCUCGGUGGCAUCUUCGACCACGAUGACCGCCGCCGGUACACGGGUGGCACGCUGCAGCGCGCCCGUCCAGAGACUCGCCAGUUGAGCGAGGAAAUGGAUCUUACCCAGGACGGCAAAGAUGAGGGUGAGCGUACUCCUAAGGCCAAGGAUCACUCUUCGCCAUCGUCACCUGAGCGCAUCUCUGCUAGCUUGAUCGACCCGGCUCUUUCGGGCACUGCCGCGGAAGCUGAGGCAACCCUGCGGACCGCCCAGGCGGCGACGGAGGUGGCCGAACGGGCAGAUGUACAGUGGGUGGAGAAGGUGCGGCUGAUUGAGUAUCUGCGCAACUACAUUGCAUCCCGGCUGGAACGGGGCGAGUUCGAGAAUAAUGAGUCUGGCGGCGGCAACAGCAGUAGCAACGGCAGCAGUCAUGAGCAGACACCUGAGGCCAGCCCGGACACUCAUAUGGAAGGAGUGGAAAGCGAGGCUCCAAGUAAGGCCGAGGAACCGGCUGUGAAGCCGGAGGCAGGUGAUGUGGUGAUGUACCCGACGCUACGCGCGGUGGAUGAAGAUGGUGAUUCAAAAAUGCCUUAG